GGGCCUGCCGGGAGAGGGGCGGAGAGACGCCGCCGCCGCUGCCGCCGCCGCCGCCGCCGCCGCGGCUGCCGCAGCCUCUGGGAGCCUGGAAAAGGGGAAGCGAGAGCGGACGAGCGACUCAGUCCCCGGGCGGCAGCUGCAGCGGCGGCGGCGGCGGCCGGGGCGGCGCGACGGCCGGGCCGGGGGCGCUUCUGCUGCUGCAGCGGCAGUGGCGGCGGGCGGCGGCAGGGGCGGCGGCGGCGGCGGCCCGCACCAGCCAUGCCGAAUAAAAACAAGAAGGAGAAAGAACCACCAAAACCGGUGAAAAGUGGAAAAGGUUCAAAAGAAGGACUAGAUACAGCAGAAGCAGAGAUACCCAGCAGGAAGAACAGCCUCGCGGCUGUCCCGUCCUCGACAUCUACUAAAAUAAAAGUACCAAUCCCUCAGCCCGUCGUCCCUGUGAAGAAAGACAAACGGCAGAAUUCUUCACGCUUUAAUGCCAGCAGUAAUAGAGAGCUACAAAAACUCCCAUCUUUAAAAGAUGUUCCUCCUGCAGAUCAAGAGAAGCUUUUUAUCCAGAAGCUACGCCAGUGUUGUGUCCUCUUUGACUUUGUCUCUGACCCACUGAGUGACCUGAAGUGGAAGGAAGUAAAGCGGGCUGCGCUAAGCGAGAUGGUGGAGUAUAUCACCCACAACCGGAACGUGAUCACAGAGCCCAUUUACCCCGAGGCCGUCCACAUGUUUGCAGUUAACAUGUUCCGAACCUUGCCACCUUCCUCCAAUCCUACGGGAGCAGAAUUCGACCCAGAAGAAGAUGAGCCAACGUUAGAAGCAGCCUGGCCUCAUCUGCAGCUUGUUUAUGAAUUUUUCUUAAGAUUUUUAGAAUCUCCAGAUUUCCAGCCCAAUAUAGCAAAGAAAUAUAUUGAUCAAAAGUUUGUAUUGCAGCUUCUAGAGCUCUUUGACAGCGAGGAUCCUCGGGAGAGAGAUUUUCUAAAAACCACCCUGCACAGAAUCUAUGGGAAGUUCUUAGGCCUGCGCGCUUACAUCAGGAAACAGAUCAAUAAUAUAUUUUAUAGGUUUAUCUAUGAGACAGAGCACCACAAUGGCAUAGCAGAGUUACUGGAGAUCCUGGGGAGUAUAAUUAAUGGAUUUGCCUUACCACUAAAGGAAGAGCACAAGAUUUUCCUGUUGAAGGUGUUGCUGCCCUUGCACAAAGUGAAAUCCCUGAGUGUCUACCAUCCCCAGCUGGCGUACUGUGUCGUGCAGUUUUUAGAGAAGGACAGCACCCUCACUGAACCAGUGGUAAUGGCACUUCUCAAAUACUGGCCAAAGACUCACAGUCCAAAAGAAGUAAUGUUCUUAAAUGAGUUAGAAGAAAUUUUAGAUGUAAUUGAACCAUCAGAAUUUGUGAAGAUCAUGGAGCCUCUUUUCCGACAGUUAGCCAAAUGUGUUUCUAGCCCUCACUUCCAGGUGGCAGAGCGGGCGCUAUAUUACUGGAACAAUGAGUACAUCAUGAGUUUAAUCAGUGACAAUGCAGCGAAGAUUCUGCCCAUCAUGUUUCCGUCCUUAUACCGAAACUCAAAGACCCACUGGAACAAGACAAUACACGGCUUGAUAUACAACGCCCUGAAACUCUUCAUGGAGAUGAACCAAAAACUCUUUGAUGACUGCACCCAGCAGUUCAAAGCAGAGAAACUCAAAGAGAAGCUAAAAAUGAAAGAGCGAGAAGAAGCAUGGGUUAAAAUAGAAAAUCUAGCCAAAGCGAAUCCCCAGUAUGCAGUGUAUAGUCAAGCCAGCGCCGUGAGCAUUCCGGUGGCAAUGGAAACAGAUGGGCCUCAGUUUGAAGAUGUGCAGAUGCUGAAAAAGACAGUGAGCGACGAGACUCGUCAGGCACAGAAGGAUCUGAAGAAGGACCGUCCCCUUGUGCGCCGCAAGUCCGAGCUGCCUCAGGACCCCCACACCGAGAAAGCCUUGGAAGCUCACUGCAGAGCCAGUGAGCUGCUCUCCCAGGACGGGCGCUAGCGUCUGGAGCAGCGCACCGAGCUGGGCCUGUCGGUUCUCUUCUGGAUGCUGUAGAAAAGACAUACUGUUUGUGCCAUACCAGUCUGUCACACUCAAAAGUCAAAGCUUCCUCGGACCCCGUUCUGUAGGCAGUAAUGCACAUCCGCCUCAGCUCGAGAUUAGGAGUUCAAACAGUGGUGGCUUCUCUGGCCCUGCUGGCCAAGCAGGGAGCUGGGGGAGUUGAUGACAGUGUCAUCACCAUGCUGUCACCACUCCAGCACAGCCCUGAGUGAGAUCCAAAGCCAGGGCUGUAGGAAAGCACUCUGGUAUCAUCUUGUACCCAGGGGACCCUGUGGUCCUCUGAAAUAGGUGUUCUGUGGACGCACCGAUGAUGCUGCAGAUCAGAGGCACACGGUAAAAGGUAUCUCUCCUCCUCUUUUAACCCUUUACAACCCUGAUGUCCUUCCCACACCUGCUCACUGUGCAGGCAGCCUGUGGUGGCUGAUUAGGUCUCACAGAGAUGGCUCUCUGCUUUCACAUUCUAGCUGCCUCCCGGGAAAGAGGCCAACUGUCCUCAGUGCUGGGACCGUCGUCCAAGGUGUUUCUUUCCUUUGAUCAAUGGCACGGUCACCAUGUCCUGCUUCCCUCAGUGUCUACCAAAAGCCAUAUUUCAUAGUCUGUGGUAGAGGCCAGUGUCCCGCCCAAGCGCAGGGGAGCACUAUGAGAAGCUCUUCCUCAGGCCACCUGAGGAGAGCCGCAGUGUUGAAGUUAUGUGCUCAUAUUUGUAUUUGCAGAAUCAGUUUUCCACCUAUUUACACAUGAUCCUUCAACAAGGCUCUUAAACGUUUAAAGAUUACAGGAUCUAAGAAUUCCACAUUUGUAGAAAGACACAGUAAACUAAGCCACUUGGCCUAGUGCAGCCUGCAGCUGCCUGUGGCCAUACUGGAGGCCGCGCAGAGUGGGUGCCCUCAGUAAGCCUUUCUGUUGGAAAAAGCACAUGCUACCAAGCCCGCAAGGAAAAGCACAGUGUCUGUGUUCCCACUGGUCUUCACAUGCUGCUACGCGCAUCACAGAAUUCUUGCAUGGAUUAAGCUUCUGUUUUAGAUGGAAUAGCACGAGGAGAGAAAUCCUUAAACUUAGUGCUUUGUCUAGUCUUUUUUUUCCUCUCAGGGUGGCCAGUAUUUUGACUUAUUUAUCCUGCUUGAAAGCUGCUUGAGAUGUGUGCUGCGACCUGAACAGUGACUAGUUUCCUUUGUCUCCAGCAUAUAUAUAACUUAGUGUUACAUGUCUUGAUGCAUAAGAUACGGUAAAAAAAAAAAAAAUGUGGCUUCUUUCAAAACCUGAUUUUUAAUUGUGGUCUCGGGUUAUCCAUGAAAAGGUUGUGAAAGGAGACAUUGCUCUCCUUCGGCCACCAAGCUGGCUUCUGGGUCCCCUUAGAUGGCUGCUUAUGCGCAUGCCACAUGGUGGGGAAGGAGAGGCAGCUGAGGGAGAGCCAGCAUGGCUAACCAAAAAGUCAGCUGAGGGUGGACAGGUCGGCUGCUCGAGUGGGAACACUUCCUGAGAAACUUGACAAGUACCUAUCCACUUUACCAUUAUGAAAUCUAUAAUUUAAAAAAAAAAAAAAAAAGUUGAGAUGCCGUCUCCUUUUGAGGGAGAAAGGGUGCUUUUAUCGUGUAAGGCAGCGUCUCUGUGUUUUGACACCCCGCUGUUUGAACUCUCUUCUUUAGCUAGUAGAAUCUCAGCUGUCCCUGACACAGGGCAUUUUGUAUGUGGCGAGGGGCUCUUUGGCCCUGUGUGAAAAGCAAGCUAUCAGUGUACGGGUGAUUGUGCAGAGCUCAGCAUGGCAGAACAUCUUCUGGUCUAGGUUUUACUUCUGCUCUUUAGUGAAGACAAACAUUCGCCAAUAAAGAAAAGAAGAAAAAAAUGUUUUGAGAGAAACUAAUUUUCUUUGACAAGAGUAUUACUUAAUUUUUUGGCCUGUUAAGGGUCCCCUAGUUAGUACCCGGAUCCCCGUGCUAAUUGUUCCACUUGUAUAUUGUUAAGACACACUGUUGAUUCUGUACCAAACUGGUUCAAAAAAAAAAAAAAAAGUACCACGUUGAGAAUAAACGGGUGACUCUUUUUCUUCAUAUACUCUAGUUUGGCACCUUCACUCUUUCCAAAUGUGUCUGUGCGCCAGAGAUGUCACAGUUCAAGUGUCUUUCUAGUGUGGCUUUGUAUGGCUUCCUUUGAACAUUGUACAUACAUUGUAUCUUUGUUUUAUGGUAAUAAGUAGUAAAAAAUGUAGACUUCGUAUUUUGUACAAAAUGUCCUAUGUACAGAAUAAAAAAAAAAGUUCAUAGAAACAGCAAAAAUAGGUUAAGUGGCACAGUUAUUUUUCUUUAGAAAAUAUCUGUAACUUUAUGCUUUAGUGAAAUGUUAAGUACCAACAUAUUUUUUAACAUUUUGUAAUUCAAAACUUUUUUGUUUUGACAUUGUUUAUGAAGAAAUACUUCAUGCACUUGCCAUUUAAUAUGCUCUUUUACCUAAUUUUAAAGAACUCUUUAAAAUGGUGUAUUAUAUGGACUAAAUAAAGAACAUGUGAAUUUUAUCGCUCA